CAGUUUCGAGUGUGACGCGGCCUCAUUUGUAGUCUGUGCUUAGGCUGUGUAGUGGCGCCCAAAACUCACAAAGUCUAGGUGCCGUGUGACGAUCGUGACGAAUGGAACUAUAUUGAUCAACUCGUAGUGCCUAGUCUACAUUCGGCGACCGCGCCAUUCGGACGUCCGCCUUCGCCAAUUUUGUUAAACAAACGCUUUAAUUAAUUACUUUGCAAUUCGCAAUAUUACAAAAACAAAUGUACUAAGCUGUCAACAACGAGUAGUCUAAAGGUAAUUAUUAAUCAGUCUUCGUGCAUUUACUUGUGAAUUGUGUUUCUUUGUGUUAUAAAGUGUUGUUACCUCACAAGUGUUUGUUGUCAUAAACUUUUAAGUGUUUCUCUGAUAAUAAUAGAAUAAACGAGGUGUGUUUUCCUAUAAGUGCGCGAUAAUGGCUGAUGAACUGGACCUUGACGUUGCUCCUGGUGACUUGAGCGAAGAAUGUCGCUUGUUUCUUCGGGAACGAUACCGUGGACGAAGCCUGCCUCCCAACUUAUCUGGAAUCCUCAAUCAGCAGACUGGAGGUUGUGGAGCACAGACCCUGGAAGACUUGGAGCGUAACCUCACAGCCAACGCGCAAGGCCAACAAGCUGGCGCCGCUAAGGGAAAGAAACCUGCGCCUGAGCAGAAGCAGACUCAAAGUGGUGGUGCACAGACCUCACAAGCUUCGGGGAGCGGCGUCAAGGCCAACGCGCAAGGCCAACAAGCUGGCGGCGCUAAGGAGAAGAAGCCUGCGCCUGAGCAGAAGGCUACAAGAACACCAAGGAAAAGAAAACCUGAAGAUGAAGAGCUCGUCGCAAAGAGGAAUAAAUGUUAUGAACUUCGCUCCGAGUAUAAUAAAUACAGGGUCGAGUUCCGUCACUUCCAGGACCACAGGACGGCGAACAGACAAAAAGAGCAAAUAAAACAUACGUACGGACAACUGCAAACUCAAAUAAAGAAUUAUAAGCUGUUCGUUGAAAAAAAGAAACUCGAUAUAGACGAAGAUAUUUUAAAUCUGGACAAACUAAUUACUGGCACAAAGGAAAAUAACUACCAGAAAACUGUCGAGGAAGAAGAAUGCGAAAACACUGAGAAAGAACCACAGAUAAGUAUCGCGAAAAACAACGAGAACACCUAUAAUAUAAUUAUUAAAAUCCCAAAAUAA